AUGACUGGUACAGCAGAGCAACUCCCGAACGGGCAGCACGCCCCCGAUAUAGAACAUCACGACGACAGCACCGCGCCCACGGAAGCCGAGGUCCAGACCAUCGUCCAGAGCAUCAAAGACGCAUCCUCCACCGCACCAGCUGCCCCUACGUCAUCCUCGCGAUCGUCGCAACCACGCCCAGAGAUACAAACAGACCCAUCGCAACCACCACAACCAGACGAGUUUGACGAGGGCGAAUACUGGGACCUGUCAAGCAUGGCCCCGUUGAAUCAAGUGUCACGGUCCGAAUCCCCUCCUGCCGUGCAAGCCGACCCUACGUCUCCCGCCAUGAACAGGAUAGUAGUGACAAGAACAAAGGCCGCCAUCGCGCGCCUGCGCGCCUACAAGCCUCCGCCCUUCCCGCUGUGGGACAAGCUGCCCCUCAGCCGGAGGGCAGCCGUGCUGAUCCUGCUGUACGCGGACCGCCAGGGCGACCUGCGCGUUGUGCUCACCAUGCGUGCGGCAAGCCUGAGGAGUUUCUCUGGCCAUGCAGCUUUCCCAGGGGGCAAGGCGGAUAGCUUAGAGGAGACGCCCUACCAAAUAGCCCGCCGCGAAGCCUGGGAGGAGAUCGGCCUCCCCAUCGACGACAGCAAGAUCCCGAAGCCCUUCCGCAUCGAGCACCUGUGCUGCCUGCCGCACAGCCUGGCCAAGACAGAGCUGGCCGUGCGGCCGUGCGUGGCGCUGCUGCACUCGGACGACGAUUCAGCAGCAGCAGCACCGUCCCCGACCGUCGACGAGAGCCUCAUGCCGCGGCUAGACGCCAAGGAGGUGGCGGCCGUGUUCUCGGGCCCGCUGCACAACUUCCUGCUGGCGCAGGACGAGGUGGCCCCCGGGGGGGACGAGGCGCAGAGGCGCAAGCUGCUGCCCAAGGGGAAGUGGUACGAGGGCCGGUGGGCCGAGUUCCACGAGGCGCGGUGGCGCGUGCACUACUUCUACGUGCCGGUCAACCACCAGCGCGUGACGAAGCCCCGCGUGCGCGAGGGCGGGCUGGCGGCCAUCGCGGAGCAGCUCGACGAGGAGGAGGACGUCGGCCGGUACAUGGUGUGGGGGAUGACGGGCCGGAUGCUGGUGGACGCCGCGCGGGUCGCGUACGCGCGGGAGCCCGAAUUUGAGCACAAUACCCACUACGGCGACGAGGCCCUCAUUGAAAGGCUGGCUGGUGCCGGGAAGCUGCAGGAGAAGAAGCGGCCUGCGGUUGUGGAGCUGGUGCAGGAGGAGGCCAAGAGGGCUAAGGAGGGAAGUAAGAUGUAA